GUUUAUUCCAGAGUGUAUAAAUUAUGGCCACAGGCGACAAAAAGCGUGCAGGGGAAGCAGGAUUGAACAACCAGACGUUUUGAGUGGUGCUUCAUUGCCAGUGACCAUGCUGCAUUUCUUACUGUUGUCCACACUCCUGCUCAUGGCUCAAGCAGACCCAUUCCAGCUGGAUGCCUUGAUUCAAUAUGUUGACAGCCACCAGGAUGAAUACGUGGAGACCCUGCGCGACUGGGUGGCUGUAGAGAGCGACUCCAGCGAUGUGCUAAAGAGGGCUGAACUGGAGCACAUGAUGGACAUCACUGCAGAGAAGCUGAGAAAAAUGGGUGGAAAGGUGGAACUGGUAGACAUUGGUGAUCAGGAGCUGUCUGAUGGCACAAAAAUUCCCCUCCCCAAAGUUGUCACUGCUCAGUUUGGCAGUGACUCAAGCAAACGGACUGUCUGCAUCUAUGGCCAUGUUGAUGUCCAGCCAGCCAAGAAGGAGGACGGCUGGGCGACGGAUCCCUACAACCUCACUGAGAUCAAUGGCAAUCUCUAUGGCCGAGGGGCUUCGGAUAACAAGGCUCCAGUUCUGGCCUGGAUACAUGCAGUUGAAGCUUAUCAGGCCCUCAACAUGGAACUCCCCGUCAAUGUAAAGUACAUCCUCGAAGGAAUGGAGGAAACUGGGUCGAACGGCCUGGAUGCCAUGAUCUCUCAGCACAACCACACCUUCUUCUCUGACGUUGAUUACAUCAUCAUCUCAGACUGUGGUUGGCUGAGUCGCAAGCCCGCUCUGACCUAUGGGACCAGAGGCAAUUGCUACUUCUUGGCAGAGGUGGAGGGUCCGAAACAGGAUUUACACUCCGGAGUCUUUGGGGGCACAGUAUUCGAGCCCAUGACAGAUCUCAUCGGUAUCCUAGACACCCUAAUUGAUUCCAGUGGUAAAAUCCUGAUCCCUGGAAUCAAUGAGGCUGUGGCUGCUCUAACAGAGGAGGAAAUGAAGCUGUAUGAGGGCAUUGAGUUUGACCUGGAGAGCUACCAGAGGAAAAUUGGGGUUGACCGUCUCAUGUAUAGUUCAAAGGCAGACCUCCUUGCCCAUCGCUGGCGCUAUCCCACGGUGUCCAUUCAUGGCAUAGAAGGAGCCUUCUCUGCUCCUGGGACAAAAACCGUCAUCCCUGCCAAAGUCAUUGCCAAGUUCUCAAUCCGACAGGUGCCUGACAUGGACCCUUUGCUUGUGGAAAAGCAGGUGUCUGACCAUUUGAAUGCUGAGUUUGCUAAACGCAACAGCCCAAACAAGCUGAAGGUGACCAUGGUCAUUGGGGCCAAGCCCUGGGUGGCUGACUUGAAGGACUCACUGUAUGAAGCAGGCAAGAGAGCUGUAAAAACAGUGCUGGGAGCGGACCCGGACAUGAUCCGAGAGGGAGGAACCAUCCCGAUAGCGAGAACGUUUCAGGACGUCACAGGGAAAAGGAUCAUCAUGCUGCCAAUUGGGGGCUUUGAUGAUGGCCUGCACUCACAAAAUGAGAAGAUGAGCAGGUACAACUACAUCGAAGGAACUAAGCUCUUUGUUGCCUACCUCCAUGAAGUUGCACAGGUCUGAUGAGUCCAAGGGGGAUCCCACACAAUCUUCAAAUUUAGCGAAACAGCCAACCUCUCCUAUAGGAAAGUCGUGAUUUUUUGGUGCUGUGUGUAAGAAGUAUGUCCAAAUCAAUAAAAUCUAUUUUUCUUUCUCAAGCACAUUACACAAAUAUUUCGCUGAUGUAGUCCUUUCAGAUCAAGGGAGAUUUAUCAAUUGAUAUGUUACAGAACAGUUGUAGAUUUCUUAAUUGAAUCAGUGCAGUCACAUUUCCAUUAUAAUUUUGUUAAUUUGGUACUGAACUGCACCACCCACUAAUCCAUGACUGAGGAAGUGAUUUGCGGUGAAAUUAUGGAUGCAGUUACAAAACAACAUUUUUUUUCCAAAACGAAUAAAUAGACGGCUGUCUGGUUUUGUAAAAGUUUUUUUGUAGAACAGCUACAUCCUACUGCCUUCAGCAUGAAGUAAUUUCUCAUCCUGUUAACAGCAUUAAUAUAAAGUCGGCUUAUGUUCCUGUUUUAGUGGGUUUUAGUCAAUGCUUCUGCUAUUAGUAUUUUGUCUGUCACCAGUGAUUUAGGAAGUCACUUCUGGGAUGUUACUAUACCGAUUAGAGUAUGUUCCCUUCUGUUUGCGAAAUUACAUUUUUUCAUGUUGUCAGAUGGAAAAUGAAACAUGCUGUAUGGCUUGUAGAAAACAUAUCUAACAUGUCCUUCGUCUUCUGCGUUUAGACCUUUGACUCUUCUAUUAAUGUCACGUGACAUUUAAUGUGCUGUAGAGUGAUUUAGAGUUACUCAAGCCUGGGACACUUUCCAGAGUCGGAGAUCUAUAAAUGAUGGAAGUUUGCACUGGGUUUUUAUUUUCAGAAAAUCUGUGAUGGCUUUACCUGUUUGAGAUUAUUAAAGGGUGUCAAGUGUC